AUGCCCUUCUCCGCCCUGGAGACGCUGCAGUUCCGGGAACAUCGCUCCGAGUUUGUGGGUUCUCCGGGGUGCACCGCGUCCCUGAGCCUGUCCGAGCCUGGCCUGACCGCCAAGAUGGUUCCCGAGGCGCCCUGGGGAAGGAGAGGCCAUUGGUGGGGAGCACAUCCGUUCACAGAGCUCGGGUUACAGGGGAGGAAGGGGGAGGUGCUGUCGGUGCCAUGGAUGGGUCCCACAUGGUCUCCUCAUUCCCAGCUUUCAAAGACGUGGUUAGAGAUGGGUGUACAGGUACGUGAGGAACGUUCAGGAGGAAAUGGCAUUAGCAGGACUAGAGGAAAUGCUGUGGACAGCGAAGCCUCGCGGAGAAGCUCGCCCUUCAGGAGGCGGACAGAAGCCAGGACGGAUAAUCAAGUAUGGUACCUGAGAACUGCAAAGCUGGCUCUGGCCUUGGCGAUUAUCCGCUCAAAGCCAGCAGACAGAAGCAGCAGGGAAUACACGGAGCACCUUGCGAGGGUCGUGUCGGGGCAGGAGUCGGAGUGGAGAUCUAGAGUUGAAACCCUGGAAGCUGAAGUUCUGCAGCUGCGUCAAAAACUUCUUCUGAGCAGGAUCUGUUCCGGAUCGUUUCAGAGCGGAGACUCACCUUCCCAGCUGCAGGCUCAGGAGCCUGGAAGUUCUGAAAAUACAUUAACUGGGCUGGAAGAUUCUGGUUGUGAUUUAUCAAAUGAGCAGAGAACUGAACCUUCAGAGGUGUCUCAAGAUUUUUGUGCGACUUCAAAAAAUCCUUUGUCUUCUCACGUGCAAUUUUUGCAACAUCUACUUCAACUGAAGAACUGGACAGAAUCAGGGAGUCUUAAAACAGACUUAAGCCACUUGGAGAGCACCUCUUCCACGGUAUCUGAUUCUGUUUUUCAGUUGCUAGAAGGCCUGAUCACUUUUUACCGUGACCCAAAAUUUCCUCUGUCAAGCUUUUGGACAGAAGCUGUUGCUACUUUAGCUAGACUGCUCAGUGAUUGUAGCUUAUCUAGUCAUAUUCUUAAAACGUGUUCCAAGAAGUUGGAAGAAUUUGAGAAAACUCUACUGCACAUUAUUUUAAGGAGCAACCAUAUAAAUCGGUUUCAGGUACAGCAUUGUGUAUCUAAGAGUCUGGUAACCCUGGGAAGUUGCAGCUUGUUGAGAAAAUCUAUAAUAUCUCUGCUUCUAUCAGAAGUAAAUAGCUUCAUUGAUGAUCUGGAUACUAUCAAUCAGGUGCAAGCCAGUUAUGAUGCUUCACGCUAUGAAAAUACUUUCUCCCUCUUUUGGGUUCUGGAGCAGCUUCUUCAAAAGGAAAACGAAGAAGGCAGUACUUUGAGUUUGGGGCAUGAUGAUCAAGAAAUCAAGAAGUUUCUCCAGAAGCAUGAUGACGCUGUUUUGCAACUCUCUGAUACAUUUCCUUUAUUUACUUUUUAUUUAUGGAGGCUGGGCAUUCUCUUGAACUCCACAGAAAAAAAAACUGUUGAAAAUAACUCACUUCCUUAGCAAUUUACCA